AUGGCCUCCAUUUUCAAGCCCACGGCUGCUCGCCAGGCUCUCCGAGCUGUAGCUCGUCCCGCGGUGCGAGCUGCUGUCCGCCCAGCUCUCGCCGUCAACAGUCGCUCGCUCUCGACCACGCCCGCCCGCCUGAAAGACGAUGAUCCCAAGAAGCGCCUGACGACCGAAGCGCCGCAGGGGGCCUCGGGCACGCAUGAGGGCGCCUUUGCCCGUACCGACGACAACUUGGUGAUUGAGCACCCUACUGACGAGGAAAUGCCUCGCUCGCCCGUCGUCCAGGGCCGCGGCGGCAUGCAUUUCAAGCGCACGCUCGCUUCCUUUUCGCUGGAGAACAAGGUCAGCGUCGUCACUGGCGGUGCCCGUGGCCUCGGUCUGGUCAUGGGCCAGGCUCUGAUUGCCUCGGGCUCUGAUCUAGCAAUUGUCGAUUUGAACAAGGAUGAAGCAGAAGACCAGGCCAAGAAGCUGGUUGCCCAGUUCCAAAAGGAAAACCCCGGCUUGGAGGAACUCCCCCGCGUCACUGCCCAUUACGCCGACGUGUCCGACCCCGACUCGGUCACCACGGUGCUCGCCAGCAUCAUCGAGCAGCAUGGCAAGAUCGACAACCUGGUGACGUCAGCCGGCUUCACCGAAAACUUUGAUGCCAUCUCGUACCCGUACGACCGCAUCAAGAAGCUCUGGGGCGUCAACGUCGACGGCACGUACCUGUUUGCGACGGGCGUGGCCAAGCACCUGAUGGAUCGUCAGGCCCCGGGCAGCAUUGUGAUGAUCGGCAGCAUGUCUGGCGCCAUUGUCAACGUUCCCCAGCCUCAGGCUCCCUACAACGCCGCCAAGGCCGCCGUGCGACACUUGGCCGCCUCGCUCGCCGUCGAGUGGGCUGGUCAUGACAUCCGCGUCAACUGCAUCAGCCCAGGCUACAUGCUGACUGCGCUGACCAAGAAGAUUCUCGACGAGAACCCGGAGUUGAACAAGAAGUGGACGUCGCUUAUCCCGCAGGGUAAGAUGGGCGUGCCUGAGGAUCUGAUGGGGGCGGUGACCUUUUUACUCAGCGACGCCUCGCGCUAUGUGACUGGCGCCGAGCUGCGUGUUGACGGUGGUUACACUGUUACUUAG